GUUGUCGGAGGAGGAGACGCGCAGGAUCUUCCGUCAGAUCGUCUCGGCGCUGGCCUACGUCCACAGCCAGGGAUACGCCCACCGUGACCUUAAGCCAGAAAACAUGAUGCUGGAUGAGAAGAACAACAUCAAGCUCAUCGACUUUGGUCUCUGUGCCAAACCAGAGGGUGGAUUGGGUACUGCUCUGAUUGAGGGCUGUGGAACCCCUCCCUACUUGGCACCAGAAAUCAUUGAUGCGCAACCCUAUCUUGGUGCAGAGGCAGAUGUUUGGAGCUUGGGUGUUGUCCUAUAUGACAUGCUGUGUGGCUACCUCCCGUUCGAUGGUGACAACUUUGUGGAGCUCCAUGAACAAAUCACUAAAGGACAUUUUGACACUCCUGACUGGCUAUCUCCUGGUUCUGUACUGCUGAUUAAGGAAAUGCUGCAGGUGGUUCCAGAGCGGCGCAUAAAGGUGGAGCAUCUGCUGGAUCAUGAGUGGGUAAUGAAGGGGUACAGCAGCCCUGUGGAAUGGCACAGCACAUGUCCGCUGGAUCAUCUAGAUGAAGAAAGCAUCACUGAGAUGGCUGUGAUGUUCAGACAGUCCAACCAAAGCAUGAAGCAGCUGGUGUCUGAGGAGACACCGUCGGUGUGACAAGGAGGGACGAUGGUGGCACCAUCCAAUCAGGAAACGUUACAUCUCAAUUCCACAUUUCAAUGAUUGUUGCAGAUGUUUCUCUCUAACCCAUCCUCUCUCUCUUUUUUUACCAGAACGAUGCAUUUUGGGUAUCUGUGUGUGACUGGUUAGAUGAACUCCACUGAGGUGCCGCCCUUGUUGAUUCACACAGCUGUAUGAGAAGUGUAGAACAUGGAUGACCAGGAUCAACAAGCAUCAAAAUCUUAUUACAUUAAAUAAUAAAUAAAUAAACU